AUGGCAUUUGCAGGCAUUGUAAGUGAUAAACUGACUGAAGCAAACCACGAGAAUUGGAAGAAUUGUUUGAAAAGCUAUUUGAUAUCCGAAGGGCUUUGGGGCGUAGUGUGUGGAGAUGAAAAUGAACCACAAAAAUGUGACAAAAACAAAUACGAUUCCUGGGUUAAAAGAAAUGCAAAGGCAUUACAUGCAAUUCAAAUCUCAUGCGGGGUUGACACCAUUGCCAAAUUUGGCGGAAACGAGUCAGCCAAAUACCAUUGGGAUCGGUUGGCGGAAAAGCUUUCAGCACCACCGCCACAAGGUUGUGGCUUGUUACUCAAUGAAGGGGAAUCAGAUGUGUUCCAGUAUGAUGACCUUUACAGGGCAAUUGAAAAGGGAGAUUUGGGGAUUGUGAAAAUGUUCCUUGGCAUCAAACCAAUUGCCGUGAGAAAAAAGAUUACACUGAAAGGUGACACCGCCCUUCACGUCGCUGUUCUCGCCGGAAAAGAUGAGAUAGUGAUGGAAUUGGUGAGGAGAAUGGACGAAGAUGACUUGGAACUCAUAAACGACAUGGGGGAAACGGCCUUUUCCAUUGCUACGAUCAACGAAUCCACCGAGAUGGUGAGGGCUAUGGUGGAGAAAAAUCCCAACUUGCCCAGGGUGAAGAAUUCACAUGGGGCGCUCCCAGUGGUUGUGGCUUCGUUGUUUAGUGCCAAGGGCAUGGUUCGCUAUCUUUACUCCAUCACUCCAAAGGAAAUACUAAAACCAGAAAAUGAAGACCGAAGUGGUGCCACACUUCUCAAUUCACUCAUUGCUGAUGGGAUUUUUGAUUUAGCUUUAAGUUUGCUAAAAUCAUAUCCAAAACUUGGGGUUACGGAAGAUAAAAACAGGAAUUAUGCCAUCAAGUUGUUGGCCCAUAAACCAUCAGCAUUCUGGAGUGGAAGCAGUUUCGUAUUUUGGAAAAGUUGGAUCUACGACUCAUGUAUAAAGAUAUCAAAAAUAGAAUUAGAAGGUGAGAAACUAACCGAUGGUCAACCACAGGGUGAUGAAGAGAGCAUGACAAGGCACAAACGGGGUCCAAGUGAUGUCCCUGAUAUUAAGCGCAUCCACGAUGCAAAGUUAAAACAUGAUCAAGCCCUGGAACUCCUCAGACUCAUAAUUAAGGAGAUAUCGGGUUUAGAAAACAAGCAAUUGGAAAAAAUUGAAUUGGAUAAGGCAAUCUACGAUGCUAUCAAGCAUGGCAUGAUUGAGUUUAUUGAUGAAAUAAUAAAACUCUAUCCCGAAAUUAUAUGGAGGAAAGACAAAAAGGGUCGAACUCUUUUUGCAAAUGCAAUUGUUCUACGCCAAGAAAAGAUGUUUAACCAUGUUUUCAGAUUGGGCUCAAAGCAGCGCAUAUCGUUGAUUCGACAUGAUAGUUUUCGUAAUAAUUUUUUACACCUAGCGGCCAAGUUGUCCCCUCCCUCUCGACUUGAUCGUUUCUCUGGAGCCGCCCUGCAAAUGCAAAGGGAGCUACAAUGGUUUGAGGAGUUGAGGCAGAUUCUACCACCAAAAUUUGAGGAAGAAUUAAACGAAAACAACAGAACUCCAGCAUCAUUAUUUUCUCAUGAGCACAAGGAGCUGAUCAAAGAAGGGGAGAAAUGGAUGAAGAACAAUGCAGCAUCCUGCAUGGUUGUGGCUACUCUCAUCGCUGCAGUCAUGUUCACAUCAGCUUUCACAGUUCCAGGGGGUAACGACGAGAAAACAGGCGCCCCAAUUUUCCUAAGAUCCAAUGCAUUUUUGGUUUUCGUCAUCGCGAAUUCUCUCUCCCUUUUUUCUUCCUCUACUUCCGUCUUAGUUUUCUUAGGAGUUUUGACGUCCCACUAUUCAGAGAAAGAUUUCCUUCAUUCGUUGCCUGCAAAAUCCAUACUUGGUCUUUUUACUCUUUUCUUCUCUAUAGUCACCAUGAUGAUAGCCUUUGCCUCUGCCAUUUUCGUUACCCUCCAGGAACGUUUGGCUUGGGUUUCAAUUCCAGUCAUCAUUCUUUCAACCGUUCCAAUUGCUUUCUUUGCAUUGUUACAGUUCCCUCUUCUGAUUGAAAUGCUGAUUUCUACAUAUUGUUGUCGCAUCUUCGACAAGCCCAAACUUAAAUGGCUUAGCAAAUUGUAUUAAUCCUCUAUUUUGUAAUUUGAUUGACAUAAUUGCUCCGUUGUUUGCUUUAAUUCGCAUGAAUAAUCACUCUUCUUAUA